GACUCAUGGGCCCAUGGCUCCCGGCCGGCCUAGUCCGUCUGCCCCUCCGAGGGGCGGCCGCAAAAGAAAUUCCUGUCAGCCUGACGGCCCGCCUAUAACGCUCAACCCUUCAGCUGCCCAUUGACCCUUAUCGUCCUCUGAAUGCCGCUUUCGUUGUGGCGAUUGGCAAUUGGAAGCUCGAGAAGGCAUUCAUUGCUUAAAAUCACGUCGACCCGCAUACUUCCGGUUCCUCGACAGUAUUCGACUUUCAUCAACAACAACAAAGUCAACGUCAACAUGGCGGGAGAAGACCAACCCGUUGCCGCGCCUGCCGCUGCGCCGGCUGCGCAGGAUGCGCCCGGUGCCCCUGCCCCGAAGAAGAAUGACAAGAAGGAGAAGGCUAAGGCCGACAAGGCCGCCAAGUUCGCUGCUAAGCAGGCCGCCGCCAAAGCGAAGCAGCCCGCUGCUCAGUCCGCCGCCCCCAAGGAGAAGAAGGAGAAGACCCCUGCCCUGCCUCCUUACGAAGACAACACCCCCGCCGGCGAGAAGAAGGUCAUCCAGUCUUUCGAGCACCCUCACUUCUCGGCAUACAACCCCAGCGCCGUCGAGGCUGCCUGGUACCAAUGGUGGGAGAAGGCCGGCUACUUCAAGCCUGAAAGCUGCAGGAAACCCUCGGCUGGCAAGUUCGUCAUCCCUCUGCCACCUCCGAACGUUACCGGCGCUCUCCACUGCGGCCAUGCUCUCGCCAACUCCCUGCAAGAUACUUUGAUCCGCUGGUACCGCAUGAAGGGUUACGAGACCUUGUGGGUGCCCGGUUGCGACCAUGCCGGUAUUUCGACCCAGUCCGUCGUCGAGAAGAUGCUUUGGAAGAAGGAGAAGAAGAUUCGUCAAGAACUUGGCCGUGAGAAGUUCACAGACCUUGUCUGGGAGUGGAAGGGCGAAUACCAUCAACGUAUCAACAACGCCCAGAAGCUUAUGGGCGGUUCGAUGGACUGGGACCGUGAGGCCUUCACCAUGGAUGAGAACCUUACCGCUGCCACCAUGGAGACUUUCUGCCGUCUCCACGACGAGGGCCUCAUCUACAGGUCCAACCGCUUGGUGAACUGGUGCACCCACUUGAACACCGCUCUCAGCGGUUUGGAGGUCGAGAACAAGGAGAUUACCGGCCGUACCCUUCUUGAUGUCCCCGGUUACGACAAGAAGGUUGAGUUCGGUGUCCUUACUCACUUCAAGUAUCAGAUUGACGGUUCCGAGGAGACGAUCGAGGUUGCCACCACCCGUCCCGAGACCAUGCUUGGCGAUACCGGUAUUGCCGUCAACCCCGAGGAUCCUCGCUACACCCACCUUGUCGGCAAGUUCGCCCGCCACCCCUUCGUUGACCGCCUCCUUCCCAUUGUCACCGACAGCUACGUCGACAAGGAGUUCGGUACCGGUGCUGUCAAGUUGACCCCGGCCCACGAUUUCAACGAUUACCAGCUUGGUCAGCGUCACAACCUCGAGUUCAUCAACAUUCUGAACGAGAACGGAACCCUCAACGACAAUGCCGGCCCCUUCAAGGGACAGAAGCGCUUCGACGCCCGUUACACUGUUGUGGAGGAAUUGACCAAGCUUGGACUCUUCGUCAAGAAGGAGCCCAACCCGAUGAAGAUUCCCCUUUGCGAGAAGUCCAAGGACGUCAUUGAGCCCAUGAUGACCGAGCAAUGGUGGGUUCGCAUGAAGGAGAUGGGUGAAGCCGCGCUCAAGGUUGUCGAGGAGGGCAAGGUCAAGAUCUCCCCCGAGAGUGCUACCAAGUCCUACAAGAGAUGGCUUGCCGAUAUCCAGGAUUGGUGUAUUUCUCGUCAGCUCUGGUGGGGCCACCGCAUUCCUGCCUACCGCGUCAUCUUUGAGGGCGAGGAGGGCCAACGUGAGAAUGAGAAGUCCGAAUGGGUGGUUGGCAGAACACAGGAGGAGGCUCAGGCAAAGGCUGAGGCCAAGUUCGCCGGCCGCAAGUUCACCCUUGAGCAGGAUCCCGACUGUCUCGAUACCUGGUUCAGCUCCGGACUUUGGCCUAUGGCCACUCUUGGCUGGCCCAACACUGAGAACCUCGACUUCAAGAAGUUCUUCCCUACCAGCAUGCUCGAGACCGGCUGGGAUAUUUUGUUCUUCUGGGUCAGCCGUAUGAUUAUGCUCAGUCUCAAGAUGACCGGAGAGGUGCCGUUCACCGAGGUGUACUGCCACAGUCUGAUCCGUGAUUCCGAGGGCAGGAAGAUGAGCAAGUCUUUGGGCAACGUCAUUGACCCUCUUGACAUCAUUCGCGGUAUCGAACUCGAGGACCUCCACGCCAAGUUGCUGGUCGGUAACCUGAAGGAGGAAGAAGUCGCCAGAGCUACCAAGUACCAAAAGACUGCCUUCCCCAGCGGUAUCCCCGAGUGCGGCGCGGACGCCAUGCGUUUCACCCUUCUCUCUUACACCACUGGCGGUGGCGAUAUCAACUUCGACAUCAAGGUUAUGCACGCUUACCGCAGAUUCUGCAACAAGAUUUGGCAAGCCAGCAAGUACGUCCUUGGCAAGCUUCCUCAGGACUUUGUCCCCAAGGCUCAGCUUGACACCGCCAACCUCUCUGUUCCCGAGAAGUGGAUCCUUCACCGCAUGAACGUCGCCGUCAAGGGCAUGAACGAGGCUCUUGAGGCCCGCGAGUUCUCCAGAGCCACCAAGGUGGCUUACCAGUUCUUCUAUGACGAGCUCUGCGACGUCUUCAUCGAGAACAGCAAGGGUAUCCUCAGCGACGGUACCCCUGAGGAGCAGCAGAGCGUGCAGCAGACACUGUACCAUGCCCUUGAUGUGGCGCUGCGCCUUCUCCACCCGAUCAUGCCCUACGUCACUGAGGAGCUCUGGCAGCGUCUUCCUCGCAAGCAGGGCGAUGGAGAGACCAUCAUGCUUGCUCCUUACCCUGCCUUCGAGUCUCAGCUCGAGUUCGCUACCGAAGCUGAGGACUAUGAGCUUGGUCUCAAGUGCGCCGGCGGCAUCCGCUCCCUGGCUGCCGACUACAACAUCAAGUCGGAUGGCAGCGCGUUCAUCAAGGCUACUACUGCGGACAGCCUCGCCACUGUUAGUGCUCAGCUCGCCGCCAUCAGGACACUUUGCGGCAAGGGCGUUAAGGAGGUCAACGUUUUGGGCGCCGAUGAGGAGCUGCCAAGAGGCUGCGCCGUCUAUGUCAUCAAUGCCGAGAUCACCGUUCUUCUCCAGGUUGGCGAUAACAUCAGCGACAUUGAUGCCGAGAUCAAGAAGAUCACCACCAAGUUGCAGAAGACUGAUCUCGCCAUCAAGAAGCAACAAGAGCUGCUGUCUAAGGAUGGUUUCGAGAAGGUCAGCGAGGCUGUCCAGGAGUCGGAGAAGCAGAAGCUGGCCGAUGCUCAGGCGGCAAAGGAGAACUAUCAGCGCACCCUGGAAGAGUUCAGCAAGCUGAAGAUUUAAACGUGGGAUUUUGGAGUUAGCAUCUGUUUGAGCAUCUAGCACGGUCCUUGAGUGUCCGAACAAUGCUUGGAGCGUUUAGAAAAGUUGUAGCUAGUUUCUCAUUAUAAAACGGCAUCUUUCGGAACA